UGUGGAUAAAAAUUACUGAAAAAGUGAAAUAAUUGAAAAUCAGUCUCAGUUUCUAAACAAAGGUAAGCUCUGCUUUUCCAAAAACGAUAGCAUUGUCAUUAGUGUAGACACUGUAGAGGAGCACAGCUGUCUCUCUACAGCAGAUGGAUGUGGCGUCUUGAGUUUCUCUUGCUGAUAAUGAGCAAGAUGCUUGUCCAUUCAAGUGUUUCAAACUACAUGGGAACAGUUAUAAUUUAAAAACUUUGUUUCCUUCCUACUGUGAAUGUGAGGCAAUAGCAGGGUUUUUUUUGUAAUUUUGAUUUGGCUUUCACAUACCAGUUUACAAAUGUCUCUAAGGUAUUUUAAAAUUCAUCUAUUUCAGCUACUUUUAGUUUAAUUCACUUUGCCACACAGGUCAAGGUUUCUUUUCCAUCACUAUUUUUCCAUGACUUCUUGGAGUAAUUGUUCUGCAGGCAAGGUAAAUGUGUAUCAGACAUAAAAAUGUUCAUUGGAUGAUGCAAAGUAAAAUAUCUGCCCCAGCUGCAUAAUCUGCUACAAAGUUCUGAAAAUGACAACCAGAGGACAGCUCAAAGCCUGGGCAGCUCCUGGAUCCUUCCUGAGACCAGUGGGAAGGGAUUUGUUGUCUCAGAGGUGCACUUGCAGUCAUCAGUCUGCACUUGUAAGUUUUUCUUGAACAUUCUUGCUGUUUUCUUGGUAGUGGGUGUAUGAUGGAGGUUAGAAAGGAGAGCUGUCACACCACAAAAAAGACACUCUGUUCAUUAAUUUGAACUAGACUCAGUUGGUAUUCUGAGAUCUUAAAAAAUAGGAGAAUGGAAAAUUGUAUCUUCCUGAAGUGCCUUCCUCAGGCUGAUAAGGAAUGCACUCUGUAAACCACGUGAACUCAUCACUUCCAUGUCCUUGGGUGCUGGUGACAGUGCCAUUUAAGAACAGAAUAUGCAGAGAACAAAAGGGAUGUCAAUCUUGAAGUUAAUUGUGCUGCACCUGAAAAAUCAGAAAUCUGGCCUUUAGAUAAGGAAAAAAUACUGAAAUAGAAGUCUGCCUUCUUUAUUUUUACCAUGAGAGAGGAAAGUGAAGGCAUCUCGUGAUGAAGGUAAUGGUCUUUCUGAAUGCUGCUUUGCUAAUUGGUGUCACCCUAAUGUGUCUGCACUGUUUCACAGCAUGUGCCGGGACCUGGGAUAAACAUUUUCUUUUGGAAAAGCUGUACACAAUGUGUAAAGAGAGGGAACGUUGUCUCUUCUGCCUCUCUAAGAUGUGUUGGAAUAAAUACGUUGUUUUGAAAGGGUUUUUUCAUAUUUUUCAGAUGAGCAACUCUCUUGAGCUUUGUGCUUUUUAUUACAUAACAUUUAAUUUUUUUAAGUUCUGAGCAUGACCUCAAGUUUUUAUUUUGCAUUCACAAAGUAUUUGCUGCUUGUAGCCAUGUAAAAGCAUUUCCCUAUAUUCUAGCUCUGUAACACCUCUAGUCCCCCACAGUUUGUUUGGGACGCUUAACUGCAGUGUUUUGAGUAGCAGAUAUUUUCUUUAGUACUUACAGAAUUCCCUCUGUAUAAAAUUAUGACUUUCUGAAGAAAUACUGGCACAAACUGUGGAAGCUGUUAGGUUUUGGAACUUGUGUUCAAAUUACUCAUUUUCUCUGCUUUAUUUCUUCUUUCACCUCAUAAUUAGAGGCUGGUGGACAAAGCAAACUUGGGGCUGAAGGGCCUGCUUUGGAAUCUGACAAAAAGGGAGUCACUUAGAAAAAAAGAGUAUGUCUUUUGGGUGGAGAAAAAAAAAGUGCUUGAAUUGACGAAACAGUUCUAGGUGCUGUGGUUUAUUUUGUUGUUUGGCUUUGCAGACAAGUCAGUUCUGGCAUUCCCAUGCACCAACUUCCACUGUUACAUAUCUUAUGUAUAUAAAUGAGUUUAUAGUUCCAUAGAAAACAGUUACUGACUGAUCCAUUUUAGUAUUUGUGGAAGUUAAGCUAUAAAAUUUCUGUCAACAGUUCAAAAGGACUCUUUGUAAAUAUCUUUGGCCAUGAAGAUUUGGACAAAUGUGAUCACUCUACACUAUGUUGCUCUGAAAUCUACAGCUUAAAAAUUAUUUCUAUCUCAAAAUCAACUUUUUAGUGUUAUUGGGGAAAAAUGUUGUAUAAACUUUCAUUCAAAGAGGAGGCAUUUUCUGUUGUCAUCCUGAGAAUAGUGUGUGUCUUUGCUCAGAUUUAUCUGGACGUGUAUAUGUAUAUCUUACAGAUAUAUUUGUUUGAAGCAGCUAUUAAUGUUGAAUCUUCUGCUAUAUUCAUGUUUUGGGAAGAGUCCAUUUUUAUCUUCAGAGUAGUACACUAGAAGGUAGUGGUGAUUUAGAAACAUUUCACUGUCUGGGGAGUGUGACUGCAGUGCUCAUCUUUCCAGAAAUUUGCUGGGGCUUUGGUUUGCUAAAGUAUUUUUUCCUUUAAAGUGCUGGUUGAGGAGGCUUUUAACGAGCAUCCCAGCUGUCUGUGUAUUGGAAGCAGAGAGGCAGCAGAGUGAAAUGGCUUUUUAAGUCAACUCCUAUCAAAAUGCAGAACUCCAUAAGUUACUGAUUUUACAAAUAAGAGAAGUAAAAGCUUGGCUUGCCUGAAGUCAAUUAUUCUAGUGUUUAAAAGAGGACCCAGAACACUCUCGUGGUCUUACUCACUUUGCUAACCCAGCCUUUUGAAAACAGCCAUGGUAAAUAUUUAUUUAGUUGCCAUAAUACAGUAUGGGAAUGUCUUCUAACCUCAGCAGUUAGGCUGCUGCUUCUAAGAACUUCAAGUCUUUAGUUUGAAUGUUAAAGAUUUAUGGCUUUACAUCACAAAUUGUAUUUCCAAAGGCUUAUCCUGGCACUGCUGUAUUUUGUUUUUGUAACUCUGUUGUAUUGUCAUCUUUCUUGAACAACUUGCUGUCAAAGCACAUGCCAGGUCAUGUGUUACAGUCAGUUCAGAGCAAGCGUACAUUUUGCCAGUUAAAUAUUUCUCUCUGUGAGCUCUAAGAGCUGUCUUGCAUAUCAGAAGCUUGCAGCCCAACCUGUUGAUGAGUAUUUGCUUUUCUUAUGGCCGAAUACUUAACAUGUAAUUUGGGAGUCAUCUUUGGAAUUAAUUUCUGUAUUGUUCAGCAAUGGGAAAAAACUUGGAAACUGGGAUGAUGCUUUGUUUGUUGCUCAGUUUUCAGAUUAUUUAAUCCAGGUGCUCUUCUUCCAUCUAAAAAUUGAAAUUUUGGAUUAAAACAGAUUUUUGCUAUUUUUAGAGCAUGGAAGAUCCUGCCUUUAAACUCCAAGUCAGAGACUGAAUAAAUACUUAAAAUGUUGCUGCCCUGACCGGCAGUCAUGAAGAGAAGGGGGUGAAGAGAAUUUGUCUGGAGAAGUGGGAAGUUUUGAAAUUUUCAGCAGGAGGUGAAGCCAAGCCAGCCAUUGACAUGAGAAUGAAUUCAAUGCCUCGGACUUAAGCGCAUGAUCACUGCUCAAAGAAGUGUCCAUACUAUGUGAACAGAGUGGAACCACAUGGAUGAGACUCUUACCAUGCACUGAGCAGCACGGCAUCGAGCUCUGGGAAAAUGUCUGCUUGCAACACUUUCACUGAGCACGUCUGGAAACCCGGUGAAUGUAAGAACUGCUUCAAGCCCAAGAGCUUGCACCAGUUACCCCCGGUGUCGGAAAAAAAGCCCCUCUCGCAUGGAAACCUGAAACCCAAUGCGAACCAAAGUAACAGCCAGCGUGGGAGAAACACCGGCAGCUUCCGCCCACCUGUGGCCAAGAAGCCCACGAUAGCUGUGAAACCCACCAUGAUGGUGGCAGAUGGGCAGGGGCUGUGUGGCGAGCUCACCAUGCUGGAUCAGUGCGAGAACAAACCCCUGCCUGCGGGGUGGAACCGGAACAAGGCAGUCUUGAACAAAAAACCACUGAACAAUAAUAACGAGGAGGAGAUCGAAGGUUACAGCCAUGUUCCUAGGCCUUAUGGCAACAGCGAGGGCGUGGGUAAGAUACCAAAUAACAAUAAUAAUGGACUGACAGAAGUUUUGAAGGAGAUUGCAGGUUUGGAUACCACACCUCAGCUCACUGGAAAUGAAACAAACUCAAGAGAAACCUUCUUGGGAAGGAUAAAUAAUUGUUACAAAAGAUCAUUAGAAAGGAAGAUCCCUCCGAGCUGCAUGGUGGGUGGAAUGAAGGAUUCACAGAGUAAGCAUGUUAUUCUGAGUGGAAGCACUGAAGUCAUAAGUAAUGAAGGUGGACGUUUCUGUUAUCCAGAGUUCUCUAGUGGAGAUGAGAGUGAGGAUGACACGUUUUUUGGCAGCAUGCAGGAAGAGCAUGAGAGCUGGGAUGAAAGUGAUGAAGAGUUGUUAGCAAUGGAAAUCCGCAUGAGGGGCCAACCUCGCUUUGCUAAUUUCAGAGCUAACACCCUGUCUCCUGUUCCGUUCUGUGUUGACAAAAAAUGGAAUACUGUGCCCCUUCGGAACAAGUCUCUCCAGCGGAUCUGUGCAGUGGAUUAUGACGACAGUUAUGAUGAAAUUUUAAAUGGUUACGGGGAAGAGACUGUGAUUCUUUAUGGGCAAGAGAGCAUGCAGAGCAUGGUAUCCUCUGAUUCUACAUCUCCUGAUUCUUCUCUGACAGAAGAGUCUCGUUCUGGGACAACCAGCAGUUCUUCCCAGAAGCUCUGUAAUGGAGGGUUAUCUCCUAGCACUCCUCAGGACCUCAAAGUGAUUGAACCAGAAUAUGAAAGUCUUUGUGACAAUCAACAAGUGAAGGAUGUGCCAAAAGCACCCAGAAAUGCUCUGAAAGGUCUGGAAACUCACAAGGCAGUCCUUGCGCUUCGCCUGGAGGAGAAGGAUGGCAAAAUUGCUGUGCAGACUGAUACGCCGGAGAAUAAAAGUUCUUCAGAUGUUGCUGGUCAAGCCGUAACUAUUAAUUUGGUGCCUGUGGAGGAGCAAGCUAAACCUUACAGGGUGGUGAAUAUGGAACAACCAGUGUGCAAGCCAUACACCGUAGUGGAUGUAUCAGCUGCCAUGACCAGUGAAUGUAAAGAGAAUCAGACUGAAACCUCAGAAACCAAAAAGGCAUCUUCUAACCCAAGCUCACCAGUAACCCCAGGCACACCUAUUGCAUCUUCUGCAGCAUCACCUGUACGUGUACAUGCUAACCUGAAAAAAUCCAGUGCAAUCAGAUACCAAGAAGUGUGGACUUCUAGUACUAGUCCAAGACAGAAGAUACCUAAGGUGGAACUGAUUGGAAACAGCUCAGGACCUUCUGUUCCUCCCAGGAAGACAAGCCACAAGUCAGCUCCUACUUCACCUACAGCUACAAACAUUUCCUCGAAAACUAUCCCAGUUAAGUCUCCUAAUUUAUCUGAGAUAAAAUUCAACAGUUACAACAAUGCUGGCAUGCCACCUUUUCCUAUUAUCAUUCAUGAUGAGCCCACUUAUGCUAAGAGUUCUAAAAAUGCUAUUAAAGUUCCUAUUGUAAUCAAUCCAAAUGCGUAUGAUAACCUGGCAAUCUAUAAAAGUUUUCUAGGGACCAGUGGGGAGCUGUCCAUCAAAGAUAAAACUACAAGUGUGAUAAGCCAUACCUAUGAAGAAAUCGAAACUGAAAGUAAAGCGACUGAAGCCAUAGGCAGCAAACCCACUGAGUUGUCCCAAGCGAAGGGGGUGGCCAAUAGCUCCGAGUGCAGGCUGGGCUCUGUGGCUCAAAAAGUCCAAGAGUUCAACAGCUGCCUCAGUAAAAGCCAGAUAUCCCCACAGAGGAGUCACAGUGCUGACCACAGCUCCCCAUCCAGAGUUCAAAAGGCAAUGCAAGAGCCUGCAGCAAAACCAGAUGUAACCCCGGAGGGUUCUGUUGGCAGCAGCGGCGGCAGAGAGAACGCAAGCACGGUGCUCUCACAGAUUGUGGCUUCUAUCCAGCCUCCACAGUCUCCUCCAGAAACACCUCAGUCUGCUCCCAAGUCCUGUAGUGUAGAAGAACUGUAUUCCUUACCCCCUGAGGGAGAUGCUACUAAAAGCACCUUGGUACGACCCAAAUCUCUGUUUACGUCACAGCCUGAAGUGGAGUCCUCCAAGACGGAAAACACAGCCAUUAAAAUGCAGAAAGAUCCACUUUCACAGGCAGCUGCCACUCCCUCUCCAAAGCCAGCACGAGCCACCCCGAGUGCCACGAGUCCCCAGGCAGAGCAGGCACCGCCAUUCCCCCCUCCACGCUCCACCUCCUCUCCCUACCAUGCCAGCAACUUGCUGCAAAGGCAUUUCAGCAAUUGGACCAAACCCAACAGCCCCACCAGGUCGACAGAGGCCGAGUCCAUCCUGCACUCGGAGGGACGGCGUCCCGAUGCGAAACCCAAACGCUGGAUAUCGUUCAAGAGCUUCUUCCGACGCAGGAAAGCUGACGAUGAGGAAGAAAGAGAGAAAGACAGGGAGAAAGGGAAGUUGGUGGGUCUGGAUGGAACUGUUAUACACAUGCUCCCCCCUCCUCCAGUCCAGCGGCACCACUGGUUCAGCGAGGCUAAGUCGGACUCCAGCGAGAAGCCGUCAAUCGUUUUCAUGUACAGAUGUGAACCAGCACAAGCGGAGCCAAAGGCUGAGCUCCCACUCAAGGGUGGGGUGGAGUCUGCUAUUGCAGAGGCACUGGUGAAAGACAAGGGAGAAACACAGGAAAAGCCUCCAGAGAGCUCGGAACAGAACACAGUGAGCCAUUCCUCACCACCUCAGGCUCCCAAGAAAAUCCCCAGCACACCAGAACACUGUGGAAUCAAUGGCUCGCCAGAGUUUCAAGACAUGAUUAAAAGACUCAAGAAGGCCCUGAAAGAAUUUCCUUUAAUGGGGAAUUGUGUGAGUGAGUACAGUGGUCAAGUGCCUGAUGACCCGACCCUGGACGAGUUGUCCCCUCGUGUCCCCAGAGCCGUGUUUGUGAAGCAGGACAAUGGGGGCAGCGCCUCAGUCAUCCCGGUGGUGUCCUCCAGCCGUGGGCCACCGGGGGAGGAAGAAAAAGAAGUAGCUCCAAAUUCUCCUGACUUGAAUACCUGCAGUGCUACGUACAGCAAUUUGGGACAGUCCAGAGCAGCCAUGAUCCCUCCAAAACAGCCAAGGCAACCCAAGGGAGCUUUGGAUGAUGCCAUUGCCUUUGGAGGACUGGCAGACCAGGAGACAGUGAACAACUUGCAGCCAACACCACCUCCACUGCCAAAGAAAACAAUUUUGAGAGCUAACACAGAGCCAACUCCCCGAGAUCUCCAGAAGCAGGCUCUGGAGAACAACCUGUGCAUCAUGGCCAAUCCCACCUAUGACAUUGACACCAACUGGGAAGCAAGCAGCGCCUGCUCUUCAGUCAGCCUGGAGCUCAAGGUCCUGGACAACGAGUCAGGAGAUUCCUUGGACAGGCCAACAGAGAAACUAAGGGCAGCCACCUCAGCAACUAACAGUGUUUCCAGCCUAACCACUAUCAGUAUUAAGGACCGGUGUUCCAACAGCAUGGAGUCCCUGACGGGGAGGCGCCUCUCGCAGGCCAAGCAGGGCCGAGGCAUCCAGAAGCCGCAGAGACAAGCACUUUAUCGAGGCAUCGAAAACAGAGAGGAGGUGGUGGGGAAAAUCCGCAGCCUUCACGCUGAUUCGCUGAAGAAGCUGGCACUUAAAUGUGAAGACUUGUUCAUGGCUGGGCAGAAGGACCAGCUGCGCUUCGGGGUGGACAGCUGGUCAGAUUUCAGGCUCACCAGCGACAAGCCGUGCUGCGAGGCGGGCGAUGCCGUUUACUACCCCGCGUCUUACGCAAAAGAUCCUCUCAACAAUUAUGCAGUCAAGAUUUGCAAGAGCAAGGCUAAGGAAUCCCAGCAGUAUUAUCACAGCCUGUCUAUCCGGCAGAGCCUGGCUAUCAACUUCAACAUCCAACAAGACUGUGGCCAUUUCCUUGCUGAAGUGCCAGUUCGUCUCCUUCCAUGGGAGGAUGACGACACACCAGAUGUAGAAGAAGAGCGGGAAGAAGAGGAGAAAGAACCUGAGCAGAAGAACAGAGACACUGCUUCUACCACAGAGGCCUCCCAUAAAGACAGCUCCAGCAGCCAGGGCACCAUCAGCAAGCCCCGCAGCCGCGUGGUGGUGAUCACACGGGAGGUCCCGCACCUGACAGUGGCCGACUUUGUGCGCGAGUCCGCACCCCGCCACACCAAGAGCCCCGACCUGUAUGAGAGACAGGUGUGUCUGCUCCUCUUACAGCUGUGCCUGGGCCUCGAGCACCUGAAACCCUAUCACAUCACACACUGUGACCUGCGCUUAGAGAACCUGCUGCUGGUUCACUCCAGAGCGGGAGGCAGCCCCCUGAGCCCCGAGGCCACAGAACCCAGCCCCAACACUGCCUGCCCAGCCAGAUUAAUAGUGAGCAACUUCUCCCAGGCCAAGCAGAAGAGUCAUAUGGUGGAUCCUGAGGUCCUACGGGAUCAGUCCCGCCUGGCUCCAGAAAUCAUCACUGCAACACAGUACAAGAAGUGUGAUGAGUUCCAGACUGGCAUCCUCAUCUAUGAAAUGCUGCACUUACCCAACCCCUUUGAUGAGAAUCCAGAGCUGAAAGAGAAGGAGUACACUUGUGCUGAUCUCCCCAAGAUUCCUUGCCGUUCCCUCUACUCUCAAGGGCUUCAACAACUUGCCAGCUGCCUGCUGAAUCCCAAUCCUUCGGAGAGGAUCUUGAUAUCAGAAGCCAAAGGAAUCCUUCAGUGUUUGCUUUGGGGUCCGCGUGAGGAUUUGUUCCAUGCUCUAAGUACAUCUUCCAACCCCUCACGGAGAGAUGCUAUACUUCAGAACUGGCUUGAUAUAAAAAGGACGCUGCUGAUGAUCAAGUUUGCAGAGAAGUCCUUGGAGAGGGACUGUGGAAUUAUUCUGGAAGACUGGCUUUGUUGUCAAUAUCUGGCUUUUGCCACUACAGACUCACUUCAUCGCAUUGUGAGACUCAUGAAGCAGCACUAGUUGUAGAGCCUGUUGCUUUUCAUGAAGCAUCCCCACCUCUGCCCCAGCCCUCAUUCCAGCCUGCACUAGGGCUCACACUUUGUACAAUUGUUACAAAACAGCCUAGAUAUCAAAGCCAGCAACUCUGAGCAAAUAGGUUCUAAUUGGAAAAUUUCAUCCUGUACCAAGUAUGACAGAAACUUUACUUUUUUGCCAGGCCUGCUAGAGAUUGAUCUCAUACACAUGACUGCAUUUGGAUCAGACAGUAUGUAACUUGAUUCAUAUCUGGCUGAAAAGGAGAGCAAACUUUGAUACCACUAUUUCUACCACUGCAGUAAACAAAUUGCCCUCCUCUUCUGGGUAGCUUCUGUCAUUUCCUAUGUAGCAUUGGUAGUGAAUAGCAGUGACGAUAAGCAGAGACAGAUUAGCGGUAAAUGUGAGAUGAAUGAUCCACCAUGCCACAAAACACUCAUUUGCUUUCACUCCACAUACCACGCAUUUCCUCUCAGCAUAGUCAGUCCCCCACAAGCAGGCUGUGCUCCUCUUUCCUUUGGUCUCAACUAAACAGGUUCUGAUCUUUCUCUUACACUUUACACCAUCUGUACUUUCCCACAUCCCAAGAUGUGGUUUUCCUGCUGAGCAUGGCAAAAGUCAGUGAAUGGUAAGCACCUCUGUUCAGUCCUCUUCCCUCCUCCUCUGCCUCACUGCCUACCCAUAUCCUUUCUAACCAUGGAUCCAUGAUUUCAUCAAUGCUGCCUUAAUCAGACCAUUACCCUUAGCUUGAGACUGGUGCAUUAAAAAGCAGAAUAUGCACACUUUGUCUAUCCUAUUUCCUAGGCAACUUUCACCAGUCUGAACUGUUGAUGUACUGUAGCCAUAACCACAUUUAUGCAAGAAAAUACAACACAUGGUGGGCCAUUGACAUUCCCCUUCCAUCACAAAAAGCACUAAAGCCUGACUUGAAAUGGAUAGGAUGUACAUAACCCUCUCUGACAAUCACUGCUAUGAAUCAGGGAUGAAAAUAAAAGCCACCUCUUCUGUUUUGUUUUGGUCUGCUAUUGUCACUUGUGCCAUACUGCAAAGUGAGACUGAAAUUGGCUCUGCAGGUUUGUUGGCAGGAGAUGGAAAUGUUUAGCGCUUGUCUGUGUCUAGAUAACAGGCAACAUGGAGACACUUUUACUGCAGACACAGUUCUCUGAACGGUAGGAACAAGGGGGGAAAAACACUUAUUUAAUUACUGAGGGAGCUGUGAAGUUUGGCAUUCAUGACCAACAGCAUCAUGAUCCACAUUUCCUGCAGCAGUGCUUGGCUGCCCAUCUCUUGUCUGUUGUAACCAGUGUUUUCUAAUGUUGCUGUAGACAACACCCUAAAAAUGGAAUGUUGUCAGAAGAGCUCAAAGAGCAUCACAGACAGAGUUUUGGACUAGAGCAGGAAUUAGUGAGGAUUGAAGAGUCAGAAUUCUUAAAAACUCAACUUGAAAGAGCUUUUUCACUUUUAGAGGGCACUGCUGACUUCCUUCUAUGCCCUAACAGCCGCUUCCCAUGGAACCUCUGUACAGACAAUAUCUUUGCUCAGUAUUGCUAGGCUAGGAGUUAUUUCCUGAGUUGCUCUGAAGAAUGGAUCUGGAUGCAGGGGAAAAAGCGAUUCCGAAUAUUCUAACCCGGGUAAUGGAAAGCAGACAGCCCUAGUUAUGAGCCUGUGCUUCUCUCCUAUGGAUCUAUGUGCAAUUCUUGUAUUAUUUUUUAAAGCUGUACAUUACAGUGUUCACUUUACACACCAGCCUUUACCCGAUGCUAGAUCUGCAGUACCUUCCUUUACUUUCCUGGCACAUAAAUGCACAGAUAUCCAUGUGUUCUUUUUAUGGAUUGAUGUUUCAUUUUAAUUGUUAAAACUGUGAGGAAUCAAUUCAGCCUUGAAACAAAUAGCCACUUUAUACAGCAUAUGCAUUCUUGGACCAGAUGCAUGGAAACUGAACAAACAGUCCUGCAGGCUUAAAGUCAGUGAAAGUAGCUCUGGAUCCGCAGCCUACAUCAAGGGGUUGACAUGUCUGCAUUAUUCUUCUCUGGCACCUCUCAGAGCUAAGCUGAAUAGCGUGUGGAAGCCUACAUCGAUUGUGCCGUAGUAUAGACUGUCUUUGUGACAUUUCUAAAGAUUUUUUUUGAACUUCUGAUGAUUAUUCUUUUGUUUGAUUCACCUGUAUCAGUGAAGGAUCAGGCAAGGAUAAGGAUAAUAUAUUUCAAUGUGGUAUGUGUAUUUUUCUUUCUCUUUCUGGCAAAAAGGUUAGGAUGGUGGCAUUGAUGCAGAAAAACAGGACAGUGCAUUAAAAGCCCAAGUGCAAUGUAUGUAGUUGAAGUAUACUUCCACUACAUCAGAAAAGAAAGUUUCUACACUACUGCUGAGCAGCUCAUAGAAGAUCCUUUACAAUCUCCUGUUCAGUGCAGCCCUGCUUUAUCUGGACACAGGAGGGCAAUGCUCCCAUAGUUCACAUACACCGAGCAUGGCAAGUCACUCGUGUACUACCUACUAGCUAUUAGUGACAGUGUGCUGAGCUGCGAGUAGGGCUUCUUGUUCUCUAUGGUCUGGUUUUGUGUUCGCUCUGUAGUGUGUGUGCACCUGACUUCUCAGCUAACUCAUAUAGGCAUAGGAGUAACUCUUGGACCACUUGUCAUUGUAGUGGGGUGAUCCCUUGAAGCCUCUGGGUGUUCCCGUGUUUACGGACACGUGUUCCCAGUGUCGCUUUGAUGUCAACACGCACAUGCAAAGUUGGAUUUUGAAUGUUGUACAACUGUACAUAUUAAUGCAGCUGGUCCGACGCCUUUGUAUCCCUAGCUAUCUAAUUUCAGUUUGUAUCUUUUGUGAUGAACCAAUACUCAUUCUAGCUCUGCAGUAUAAUCAAGCAUGGAUAGGUGUUCACUACCAACCUCUUUCUUGUGCAGCACUGGGUAAACUUUAGCAAUUUGUAAUGUUGUGUGGUUUUUUUCUUUAAAAAAAAAAGAAUGGUCAAUGUAGUCGAACCUGAUCUGGCCUGAGCUCUUCCUUGAGGAGCUUGAGACUGACUUUGCAGACCUGCCCAUAACUGAUAAUUGCAACUGUGUUUGUGGUGGUUCUCCAUCCUGGCACCAGAUUGUGCCACGUAAAUACACAAGAAUGUAUGCAUUAAACUGAUUGUAAACAAAUCCUAAGAAUGCUACAGCAUAAUUGCUAAGCAAAAGGAAAAAAACCCGCUCUGUUUGUAACAGGAUCCUGUGUAUGGCAGGAACAAAACCCCUGGCUGUGCAUGUUAGAACUUACUUGAAUAUGUGCACAGAUCUUGAAUUUUUUUUUUAGCAAUGUCGCACUUUCAGUUGAGCUCAAGAAAUAGGAAGAGCUGCAAAUCUAAGAUAACAGUAUUGACUGUAAAUAUAUAUUUUUCUAUUAAUAAAAGCUGUCAUUCAAAUAUUUUUAACAUGAACUCUAAAGAUUUUUCCAGUGGAAACUAUUUCUGGAAAAAUCAAAUGCUUGUUUGAAGAAUUAUGAUGAGUGGUUUCUGAUCCUUUUAGAGCCAUUAAAACCCUCUCUAAUAUCACAGAGGGAGCACAGUGAUUGGAUUCACAAUGUUUAGUGCCUUGUCAAAAACCUGAAAUGUAGCUGGUCAGUUGGUGGAAAUCUUAUUCUUUUCAUAACAGCCCUAGAAAUAAUACUGCCCAUGUAAAGAUGCAAAAGACUUUACAAAAUUAAAUGCUGUACUUUAUAUGAUACUGGGUUGAUCUAUUCCAUAAGAUUUGUGUGAAUGGAUUCCUUUAAGUUGCUUGUAGUACAGCAUAAACCUGAAGUAACAAAAUUGUGGGCUUUCAAAUUUGGGAGAGUAAUAGUGGAUAACAAGUCAGUUGUUCCAGACUGACCAGGCAUCAGGAGAAGCCUAUUGCUCUGACAAUCUGCUGCAGACACUCCACACUGGGGAGGGGAGGGAUUGCGUUAAUCUGGGAGAAGCGCGGAGGGUAAAAUGUGCUGCUCCUGCUGUAGGUGGUGGAGGUGCUGCACACCACCUUUGGUCUGUUGUGAGAAAUGCAAACCUCUGGUAAAACAGGAGUGCUAAAAGAACUACUCCUGAGAUGGUAUGGAAAGUGGGUUAGUUUUGUAUUUCUUAAAUGGGAAUUACUUUUUACUAAUUAUCUGUCAAACCUCAGAUCUGAUCCAGUCAAUAUGCAUAACCAGGUGAAUAUAAAGAGACUCUACUAGUGAAAGCUUGCCUACAAAUUUUUAGGAAUGAGAGAAUCCAGAAUUUUCUUCUGGAGUCCCUGGAAUGUCCCAAUAUAGAAGCCUGGUCUCAUUUCAGUAUUCAGACAUGAUGAAAUCAGUAACUCCAGCCAGGAUGCCAUGUUGCUGCCCCACAGACAAGAGUGCAGGUAGCAUUUACAAAAUGUUCCACCUUAAAUCUUUAUGGUCCACACAUCCCACCCACAAGGUAUGAAUGGAUGAUCUUGACAUGUUAACACAAGAGAAUUCCCAUGUGUUAUAGAGAAAAAUGUAUUAUUUAAGUAAAUUAUGUGUGUUAGGGUUCAGCUACUUGCAGAAUUUAUUCAGCAGCUUCACACUGUAGGUCCUUAAUUUUAACAUGUAUUUGCUGCUGAAAUAAAAUGUACCUGUUUCUUAAUUCUUGUGCUGAGAUUCCCCAUCUAAAUUAAUUUUUAUUGUUUGUAAUAACAAAUCCAUAUGUAAAUAUAAAUUAAAUAGUCCUGUUUUUAUUUAAAUCAAUUUUAAGUUUUCUGAGGGAUACAAUAGAAACUGAGUCAGACCUUUUAAUGCACUUUCUUUUCCCCCUUUCUCCAAAUUGGCUGUUUCUCAGUACAAACUGUACUUGACUGCAUGGCUAGACCAUCAGCUUUAUUCUGAUUUUUGGAAGUGGUGUUGAUUCUCCUAAAACUCCUGUAAAACCUAGAGCACAAUCAGAGCCCUUCAGCCAGCGCAGAGCGAGAUGUGAUUAUCAUUUAGUUAUGCAGUAAGAUAACAUCAGAGAAGUACAGCAUAGAAUCUUAAAUACCUCUAUAAAAAUACACCUGUGGAAAUAUUCUGUAAACAAUCAUGUGGAUUACAAAGACUUCAAGAGAAGAAUACACAAAAAAUACUUUUCAAAACACUGGGGAGAAAUUUCUUUAAGGCACCCUCAACUCCAAAAGAAGGAGCAAGUCUUUUUCCCUGCUGUGUUGCAGAGAAUUUCUAGUAGACAUUUGUAUGGAUUUUUUCAUUCACCUGGAUGCAGUAUUAGAAGGAUGGUGAUUUUGAGUAGGUGUAGAAUGUAAUUUAAAUAAUUUCCUGUAAGUCUCCUUGCAUUGGUGCUCCACUCAGCAUUUACCUGGAAACCACAGAAUGCUUUCAGAUCAAGCAGAGUUGCCAGUGAGAAAUGAAAUACUCAACUUACCUGUACAUAAGCAUUUUACCACUCUACAGAAUUUGAGAAUUUGGUUUGUACUUCAGACUAUAAAGAUUUUUUUUUCCAUAAAUCCAAGGGGAAGAUUUCAGGGAUUUAGAAGAGGUUGGAGCUUUUUUAAUAUGGAAGAAAUAUUUGUUCAUAAAUAUAUAUAUAUAUAUAUAUACAUACAUAUAUAUAUGAGUGCAUGUGGGCAUGUUUUAAUAUAUAUAUGUAUGUAUAUUAAUUUUGUAUCCCAAAAGUAUUCUUUGCCCCUUUUUGCUUGAAAAUAUAUAUAUUAUAUAUUGUAUAUAUAAUAUAUAUUUAAGAGUGUGUAAAUUUUAAUAUAGUCAUUUCAUAAAUAACACCUCUUCAAAAACGAUUCAAAACUUCUGUUUCCUUGUCCUUUGGAUUGUUGGUAUUAGAAGGUUUUGCGGUUGAAAUCCUUGGGUUUUUUUCUUUUAAAACUUAAUUAUGCUGAGCAUUUAAGAAUAUGUUCCUGUUUUUAAUAAAAGGGGGAAAUUUAUUUUUUAAUUAGGGAUUCCAAAAUCAGUGGACUUUUAUAAAUGGGAUUUCUUUAAAUGCCUUGAAUAAGGGAAUUUUUUUUUUUUUUCAGUUCCAUUCUUGUGGGUAAUUUGUAUUUGGAAUUCCUGGUUGCAUUGCUUUAUCUGGUGCUUCAUAUUGAUAUUUACACAUUUUUAUAUAAAUAAGUAUAUAAACUUCAAGCCUUCCUUUGUGAUCAGGGGCAGUUACACUCUGGUUUGCUGUGGUACUUUGCUGUGUACUCUGUGGCAUUCAUGUUACUGUGUAAAUAAAACUAGUUUUAUUCCACUCAAAA